UUUGUCGGUACUAGACGUAUUCUUUAAUACGUCAUAUGUCGGUGCCAUAAGUCGUAAAUCGUAAGAAUUCUACAAAAUAUAUCGUAUGUCCAUAUCGUAAGUAUAGUAAGAAUUGAUCAAUCACAGUCGAAUGUGAAGUGAAUACUUGACUUGAAGAGAAUAACGGACCUUACUGUGAAAAGUGUUACUGUGACGACGAAUUUUGUCUUACGUAUUGUUAUUAUGUGUGCUUUGUGAAAAUGUGAACCUGUCUCGUACUUAUCAAAUUCGUAAAAAUGGAUGGAAACUAAAGUCAUUUUUUAAUUUUAAACAGAAGAGCAUAUUUUUCACUUCUUUCAAAAGCUGUCAAAUCGUGUUCUCGCCUGAUGAAUAGGUUACACUUUACGUGCCCUGUACGAAUGUUUACUGACUGUCAAGGAGGAAAAGGAUUCCGUCCGAUUUUACAAGUUUUUUAAAGCGAUCCUAUUUUUUUAUUUUAUUAAAAUUUUCUUUAUUUAAAAAUGGCACGCAAAAAACUUUUAUGUGUCAUUUCCCGUUUAUAGUAUGCUUAUGUCACAAUUCCAAUAUGGUUGCGUGACUAAUCAAGUUUAAUAUUACACUUUCAGAAUUAAUUGCAAUUUUUUAUAUAAUUUUUCCAAUUAUAAUAUAUCAAAUAUUACUCAUAUGCACAUUUUCCUCUAUUUUUUAUAUAAGAGUGGGAGUUUCAAUAUACUAAGAACUGAUAAUGACGCAAAAUCUGUUUCUUUUCUUUAGAUCUGAUUUCAGAGACUAUGAGAUAACACAUGCAGUGACUGACAGUGUUAAUUCAGGAACGGUUCACUAAAGUCGUGUGCAUUGUGUGUCAUGAACGAUUAAUAAAUCACGCGGAAAACAUUGCAUUGCAGUAAGUGCAUAGUAAAUUGCAUACGAUUAAAAUAAUCGCUUCUAGAACAGCAUUUACAUGAAUUAUUUAUGAGCAUUAAUAAAUAUCGAAGUGAUAUGUAAUCACUUUGUGCUAUAGAACUGAAAACAAGUUGAUUUUUAUCCAGGCGACUCGCGAUCAAACGCCAGUUGAAAAAUCAUAAUUCAACUGUUUAAACGUUUUUGUAGUAACCAUCGCAGUUAGACUAUGCAUGAUGCAAAUUUAUCUGGUUGCAGGCUAUAACUGACACAUUAAAAAACAUCAUUGACGUCAUUGUCGUUACGAAGAAGUCAACAAUACACCAGAUUUUGCGAUAAUUGUUACAGCGUCGUACUUGCGCGACGCAACAUAAACAUGCAGAAUAGACCAAACGUUUAUACAAUAAACGACGCGCCACCUUCAUACACGGAGGCAACAGGAGCGUCUAAUGCACAAGAUACGCACAAUCCACAGUUCGAUCAAAGACAUCCACAUAUAGUAGCCUAUCCGUCACCUUCGGCGCCGUUACCGAAUCCGUACAUGUCUAAUUAUUAUCUGGACAGAGCGCCUGUUCAAUCGGCUUACCCGCCUUUGGCGGAAUGGCGAAGUCAACCAACGAGCCUAACUUACAAUAGAACAUUAAUAACACCACCUAGACAAAACGCAUCAUGCGGCGUAUGUUUUAUUAAAUCGGCAGUAACGAUAGGUAUGUUCGUACCAGUAAUAAUUAUUCUUGUAUGGAUUUUUAAUUGAUAGAGUAUAAGUAAUUAAGGAAAGUAUAAAACGUGUAUUAUAUAUAUUAUAUUAUAAAAAUGCAUUAAAUUAUUGUAUCAACAAAUUAAUUCAUACGUAAUUGUAGUUAAUUUUAAAUCCUGUAAUUCGUUUUAUUUAUAGUAACUGCAAAUUUAUUUUGAUUCUUUCAUGUAAUUAAGAGCUCAAUGUAAUACAAAUGUAAUACAAAUGUAAUUUUAAAUAUCUAUUUAUUAUAUAUAAUCUUAAAUCUAGUA